AUGGAUGUUGGUGAAAUAGAUCAAUUUAGAAGGAAAUUUCAUUACGUUACAGAUAUUGUUUCCAUACAGAAACCUUACUCGAGUCCUGAUGAAAGUGCUGACUACGAACCUUACACCCAUAUUGAUGGAAUCUCUGUUCAUCUUAAUCCAAAACAUAUACCGAGAAUGCAAAUCAUGAUGGUUUGCAACGAAGAAGAUUUGGAAAACAAUGUUCCUCCAGAUUAA